GUAUCAUCCUCAAGACCCAAAACAUCCCACCCGCCCUCAAAAGCCAUCUUCAAGCAUGAGCUCCAAGCUAUCAGUGUCAAGCGUGCGGGGCUCCGUCAAAGACCUUCUUGCUGACGCCAAUGGCGAGAAAAGACGUAACUUUGUGGAAACCAUCGAACUUCAGAUUGGCCUCAAAAACUACGAUACUCAAAAGGACAAGCGUUUCUCUGGUACCGUCAAGUUGCCUAAUGUCCCUCGUCCGCGCAUGUCCAUCUGCAUUCUUGCUGAUGCAGCGGACAUUGAUCGCGCCAAGCAAAUCGAACUUGAGUACAAGUCCGUCGAUGAUUUAAAAAAACUCAACAAGAACAAGAAACUGGUCAAGAAACUCGCCAAGAAGUACGAUGCAUUCUUGGCCUCUGAAGCCUUGAUCAAGCAGAUCCCGCGUCUACUUGGACCCGGUCUCUCUAAAGCUGGGAAGUUCCCUACUCCUAUCUCUCACAAUGAGGAUCUAGCGAACAAACUCAAUGAAGUCCGAUCGACGAUUAAGUUUCAGCUCAAGAAGGUCCUUUGCUUGGGCGUUGCCGUUGGACAUGUCCAAAUGACUGAUGACCAGGUCCUUGCCAACGUUAUGAUGAGUAUUAACUUCCUGGUUUCCCUUCUCAAGAAGAACUGGCAAAAUGUCCAAUCGUUGCAUAUCAAGAGCACGAUGGGCAAACCCAUUCGUCUAUUCUAAGUUAGCAUGGGAUGUCAGGGCUGAGAGCCAAUGAAGUGGUAUCGUAAUGCAAAAUAAGAAGCCCCGCGCGCUUUUACCAACGGCUUUAAAGGUGGGGAAGCCGAUUGGGAGCUGAUACGAUGCCACGAUCUUGAGCUUUCUCCCUCUUCCUUGAUUUCAACCUUGCGUAGACACGGCCUUCGUAGAAUUCACAUGUACCUUGCGCUACUACUACUAUCAUGAUAUUAUCAAAAUGAUAUACGCAAA